AUGGCUCUGCCACCUCCAGAUCCACAGUUUGUUCUCAGAGGUACCAGUGCUGCUGUCCACACUCUGCAUUUCUCCUGUGGUGGCCAAGAACCUGAUGUCCCCGUUCUUUUCUCUGGGUCUGAGAAUGGGUUUAUCCAUGUCUGGAACCUGAAAACACACAGAGUGGACACAGCACUGGAUGGCCAUGGAAGAAAAUCUGUCUACUCCGUGGAGACAAUGGAUGGCAAAGAAAGGCUUCUCAGUCAGGGUCGUGACCAGAGGAUCUGCCUGUGGGAUUUAGCAGAGGGACGGACGUCAGUGACGGAUUCUGUCUUCACUGAGAACGUGGGAUUCUGCAGAUGCUCUCUGUUAAAGGUGGCACAGGGACGCUGGCUAAUGGCCAUGGCAGCCAAAGCCCUGGAGGAGGUUCAGGUUUUGGAGCUGCCAUCCAAGACGUCAGUCUGUACCUUGAAGCCAGAGGUGGGUGCCAAGCUGGGCAUGCCCAUGUGUCUGAAGUUAUGGCAGCUCGACUGUGGUUCACAACCUUUGCUUCUGGCUGGCUAUGAAGAUGGAUCAGUGGUCCUUUGGAAUUUGUCAAUGGCAAAAGCGUUGAGCCAACUUGUUUGCCACCAGGAGCCGGUGAUGAGCCUUGACUUUGACUCGGAGAAGGCCAAGGGGAUCUCGGGCUCAUCUGAAAAGGUGCUCAGCAUCUGGAGCCUCAAUGAGCAACAGAACCUCCAGGUUUGCAAAACACAGGAACUUGUCAACGCUGGCAUAUCUGAUAUCACCAUCCGUCCAGACAAGAAGAUUUUAGCAACAGCAGGAUGGGAUCAUCGCAUCAGGAUUUUUGGCUGGAAAAAACUGAAGCCCUUAGCAGUGCUGGACUACCACACAGCAACUGUCCAUUGUGUGUCCUUCUCAGAUCACAAAAACCCCACUGAGAGACUGCUGGCAGCUGGCUCAAAGGAUCACCGCAUCAGUAUCUGGUCAAUAUAUACGCAGACGUGACAUGUUCUACACUGUCAGGGACAAGGAAAAAAGCAGGACUGGUGAAGCAAUUCUUGCGCUGUGAUUCAGACCUGGAUGUGGGGAGGCAGGGGACUGUAUUUCAAGGCUGAAGUGAGAGUCCUAGGUUAAUUUUUAUGCUGCUUGUUCA